AUAAUUCAACAGGUACCAUCCAUCUCCCUCCCCUUCGAUAUUUCUCCUACUGAAUUAACUUAAUGGUGAUUCUUCUUCUUCUUUUAUCCUCUUCUUUACUUGGGUACACAACACUGCUUAUUAUAACAAAUUUAAAAUUUGUUUCUUGAGCAUGGAAUCUCAAUUCGUUGAUAAAAUUCAUGGAUUAUCUGUCCUCUUCUCUCUUUUAGUUAAUGGAAAAUUUAGUACCCGUGGUUUUGUUUACAAUUGCCCAGUUUAUGUUGCCUCUAACGUGAUAAUUGAGUUUGCAUCCUCUCAGAUUGCAGUUCCUGACCCCCUAGGUUGUGGGUUUGGCAGAUGCAGCGUGUUUCAUGUAGUUUUGUCUCAGAUCCUUUAUAUGUGCUAAAAGAAAAUCAACAAAUAUUAGAAUUUGAAUCCAGUCAAUUAAUAGAAUGGGAUUUUGGGUUCUUAGCGUCUCUCUAGCCAUACAUGGACUCGUUACAUGCUCAGAUAUCAGCUUGACAACACGUUGUCCUAACACUUUCAUUUGUGAAAUGCAUUUCAAGUUCAGACUGUAUUCUCGCUUGACCCUUUCUUAUCAAUAGGCUGAUGUUUUUCCCUUGGGCUCCCAAUGUUUGCUGUUUUUACUUAAGUCUGUUACAAACUGCUAACUACUUAUCAACUGGAUAUUUAUUGCUUUUGUGAUAACUGUGAAAUUCCUUAGCUAAUUACUUCAGUGUCUGCCAUGAGUAGUAGAUAAAAGUAAGAUGAUUGCUUUUAUUUUUCUUAUAGAAAUCUUGGCAUCAUUGAGGAUUAGUAUGACCUUAAUUACCUUGCACAACCACCGCAUACUAUAGUGCAAACAUGAUACAGAGCAACUGUCCUCCUUUUCGUAAUAACUGCAUCUAAAACUUGAGUUUGUCCUUACUUAGCCAAGUUACACUUUUGAAUACUGAAAAGAUAUUGUGGAUCACACUGGAUACCUUAAGUUCUGUAAGACAGUGAAAAACCCACUGGACUAGUCCUAGUGAUUCUUUCAAUUUUCACUAUACCAUAAUGGCUAAUGAUAGAGCUAGCCGUAAUUUGGGCAGGUAGGGGCUGCGACGCCAUUUAGCUUUUCAAAAUUGUCGUUUUCUGUCCUUUUUGAUAGUUAAAUAUUUUACAUAUUGAAAAGAACUGAAAGUUUCUUCUAAAAUAUUCUCUACCGCACCCCCAUCCCUAUAUUUUUGAGCGUUCCUUUCUUCUUGUUCCCGUAUCAGUUGCCUUGCCAUCCCUCCACUCUACUGGAUCAAACGCUGCAAAUCUGACGUGUUUACCUAGAACAACUAGAAUAGUACUUUAAUAUGAUUGGCUUUCUGUUGGUCUGAGAAGUUGAACUCUUUUGAAGCCUAUACUCUGCCUUGUUGAUACUUCUGGUGCAGAAAUGCCCUUGUUAAAGACUUGGGAAAAUGUCCUUGAGGCAGCAGUAAGCUUCCGUGAGAUUGAUAAAUCGAGGUAAUUAAUAUUGCUAUCAUCACAAGCAGCAAGAGAAUUACUAAUUGGAUAAGCAGAGUAUGGGAGAAUUUGGAAAUGAGGUAGCGAAGUCUAUUAUUUUUGAGAAAAAGAACAAUGGAACAAGUACAAGCAAGUCGAAGAUUUCUGCAGCUUCCACCAUGGAAUCUCAUCUACAUGAAGAUCAAGCUCAUCUUAUUUCAACUAUGGCAAAUUCUAUACGACAAUCUUGCUGCACUACCUGCUGGGAAAGUAUGAGUUGCCAAAUUGUUCGUUCAAGAACAAAACUGAUGAAUAAUUUGAUUGAAAGGAAAAAACCACAAGAGGUCCAGUCAAUUUUUAAGGGACUUACAGAAGAAGGACAUCGGCCAACUCUUGUCACAUAUACAACUGUUUUGGUGGCCUUGACUCUCCAAAAACGUUUCAAGUCUAUUCCGUUGCUUCUUUCCAAAUUGGAGCAAGAUGGACUAAAACCUGACUCCAUAUUCUUCAAUGCCAUGAUAAAUGCAUUUUCUGAAUCUGGAAAUGUUAAAGAGGCUAUGAAAGUUUUCCAGAAAAUGAGGGAGAAAGGAUGUAAGCCCACAACCAGCUCUUUUAACACAUUAAUUAAAGGGUUUGGAAUCAUUGGUAAGCCUGAAGAAUCUCUGAAACUGUUGGAAAUUAUGUCUCUUGAAGAGAAUGUGAAACCUAAUGACAGAACAUACAAUAUUCUGGUCCGAGCUUGGUGUAACAAGAACAAAAUUGCAGAAGCCUGGAAUUUGGUUCACAGAAUGGUUGCAGCUGGUGUAAAACCUGAUGUUGUUACUUACAAUACUAUAGCAACGGGUUAUGCUCGAAACAAGGAGACUGGUAGAGCUGAAGCAAUGAUUUUUCAAAUGCAAAAUCACAAAGUGGCACCAAAUUAUCGAACAUGUGGUAUUAUCGUGGAUGGGUACUGUAAAGAGGGAAAUAUGACAGAAGCAUUGAGGUUUGUUUACAGGAUGAAGGAUCUUGGUGUACUUCCUAAUCUAGUAAUAUUCAACUCUCUCAUCAAAGGCUUUCUCAAUAUCACUGAUACUAAUGGUGUUGAUGAGGUACUUACAUUGAUGGAAGAGUUUGGGGUGAAACCGGAUGUGGUAACAUUUAGCACUAUAAUGAAUGCAUGGAGCUCAGCUGGACUUAUGGAUAAAUGUGAAGAGAUAUUUGAUGACAUGAUCAAGGCCAGUAUAGAACCUGAUAGUCACGCAUUUUGCAUUCUAGCUAAAGGCUAUGUGCGUUCUGGAGAACCUGAAAAAGCUGAAGCCCUGUUGAAAGUUCUGGCUUCAUCAGGUGUACAUCCAAAUGUUGUGAUGUUCACCACAAUCAUCAGUGGAUGGUGCAACGGUGGACAAAUGGAGUGUGCUCUGAGGGUAUUUGAAAGGAUGUGCAAAAUGGAUGUAACUCCUAACUUGAAAACCUUUGAGACCCUCAUAUGGGGUUAUGGUGAAGCAAAACAACCAUGGAAGGCUGAAGAGUUCCUCCAAAUUAUGGACGAGAUGGGAGUAUCUCCCACGAAGUAUACUCUUCAACUUGUUGCAGAUGCAUGGCGAUCAAUUGGUUUCAUUAAUGAAGCCAAGAAAAUCUCAGAUGAUGUGGAACGUGACGAUAGGGCAAUCUUGAACACACUGGAGGAUAAGCAACUUGGGGACAACAUUAAACGCGUUUAUGCUAAAGAGAUAUUAAAUGGUUCUCUUUCAAGCCUUAAGCAAGUAACCAACCAAAAUGGGUCAGCCACCGUCAAUAAAAGAAGCCAAACAGUGCUGAACAGAUCCAUGUCUUUUGCUGGAAGCAUAAGUGUGCCAACUAAAUCCAGAAUUCUUCCCUAUACUUGUGGAUUCACAGUGAAGUUUUUGAUGAUAUUUGACAAGCAGUGUCAAGUGCAGAUAGGAAGAUAUGGUUUUGUGAAUUCAUGUAGAAUGGUGGCUUGAAAUUAACAAACUUCCCGUUCAGUCUAUAAGGGAAGCCUCUUGAAAUCAAAAUGUACACCGGAUUGAAGCCCUUUUUGCAUCAGGAUGGCUUUUACAAAAGCCUGCAAUUGUACAAUUGGAUAAUUUUUAGAUGGUAUUUUUCUUGAACAUGUAUGUGCACUGUUAUCUUAUUCAAAAUAUUACUGUUAUGAAAUGUAUAUCUUUAGGUUGAAAUGAUAUUCAUGUCCUGUCAA